GCUAAUUUAAAUUGACUUGCAGAACCACUAAGCUGUGCUGCAACUUACAGCUCCUUGCUGGAGCCCGCUUGGUCUUGCUCCUGAGGCCGCGGAGUCCAGGAGCGCGAUUCUGGUUCGCGCGCUAUGAGUCCUGCGUGGCGGGGCGCCCGCGCAGUGUUGCGCCUCCUCCGCGGGCUGACCAUAUUACUGCUGCUGCUGUGUCCACAGGCUGUGCGGAGUGACUGCAUCCCUCCCCCAGAUGUACCUAAUGCCACGCCAGCUUUGGAAGGUCGUACAAGUUUUCCUGAAAAAAGCAUAGUAACAUACAAAUGUAAUAAAGAUUUUGUAAAAAUUCCUGGCAAGCAAGAUGCAGUGAUCUGUCUUACGGGCAAUAAAUGGUCGCCGAUUGCAGAGUUUUGUAAUCGUAGCUGUGAUGUUCCAACCAGGCUACUCUUUGCAGUUCUCAAACAGCCUUAUAACAGACUGAGUUAUUUCCCAGAGGGUUGCGUUGUGGAAUAUGAGUGCCGUUUGGGUUACACAAGGAAUCAUUCCCUAUCAGGAAAAGCAACUUGCCUUCAGAAUUUCACGUGGUCCAAACCAGAUGAAUUUUGUAACAAAAAAUCAUGUCGUAAUCCUGGAGAAAUAAUAAAUGGUUAUAUUAAUAUAACAACUGACAUAUUAUUUGGCGCAUCCAUCAUCUUCUCAUGUAAUACAGGGUACAAAUUAAUUGGUCCAUCUUCUAGUUACUGUAUAGUUGUGGGAGACACAGUUGAUUGGAGUGAUCCAUUGCCAGAAUGCAAAGAAAGUUCUCAAACUUCCAAGGUCACACCAACUCCUCAGAAACCCACCACAGUAAAUAUUCCAGGUACUGAAGCCCCAUCAGCUCCUCAGACACCCAUCAUAGUAAAUGCUUCUGCUACAAAGGCCAUGCCAACUCCUCAGAAACCCACCACAGUAAAUAUUCCAGCUACAGAAGCCUCAUCAAUUUCUCAGACACCCAUCAUAGUCAAUGCUUCUGCUACAAAGGCCAUGCCAACUCCUCAGAAACCCACCACAGUAAAUAUUCCAGCUACAGAAGCCUCAUCAAUUUCUCAGAAACCCAUCAUAGUAAAUGCUCCUGCUACAAAGGCCAUACCAACUCCUCAGAAACCCACCACAGUAAAUAUUCCAGCUACAGAAGCCUCAUCAAUUUCUCAGAAACCCAUCAUAGUAAAUGCUCCUGCUACAAAGGCCAUACCAACUCCUCAGAAACCCACCACAGUAUAUAUUCCAGCUACAGAAGCCUCAUCAAUUUCUCAGACACCCAUCAUAGUAAAUGCUCCUGCUACAAAGGCCAUGCCAACUCCUCAGAAACCCACCAGAGUAAAUAUUCCAGCUACAGAAGCCCCAUCAGCUCCUCAGACACCCAUCAUAGUAAAUGCUCCUGCUACAAAGGCCCCACUAAUUCCUCAGAAACCCAUCACUGUAAAUGUUGCAGCUAAAGAAGCCUCAUCAACUCCUCAGAAAACCAUCACAGCAAAUGAUUCAGCCACAAUAGCCAAAACAUCCCCUAUAUCACAUGUUUUAUCUACAGAGACCCCACCAGCAUCCCAGACUCCCAUCAUUGCAAAUACUUCUGCAACACAAGUCACAGUAACACAAAAGUUCACUACUGUACAUGACUCAGUGAUUAAGCGUCCACACACAACACAAACAGUGCCCUCUGCUCAUAUUACAGCAACACAGAGUCAAGCUGUUACCAGGGGAACCACAACGUUUCGUCCAGAAACACUUUCUGUAGGGGUCAGCACCAUUGCAUCUGGACUUGUUGCUGGUACCAUAAUAAUUGGUACCCUAAUUCUAGUCAGAAUUUUCUGGGACUAUGGAAAAUCAGGCUCUUAUUACACUCGUGAGGACAACAAAGCACAAAAUGCUAUGUUUCAUAAUUUAACUGUGACUCCUGAUGCCUCAGAAGUAAGACUUGGACACGCAUAUAUAAUAUUGACAGUUUUGCUUGUGAUGCUAACAGUCAUUGGCUAGCUGACUAGCCAAAGAAGACAUAAGAAGAAAGUGUACACAAGUACACAGAAUAUUUCUAGCUCCAUAUAAAUUUCUGGAGGCGUGGACACCAUGUAUGCAGUCGUGCUCUUUGUUUUGCACAUUAUCAUUGUCUUUAAGGUGCAUAGGAC